AAAAUUUGCUCCGUAAAACCGGUACCCCUGACAGCGUGAAGAAUUCCACCCAAUGUCAAAAAGGCGAAUCACAAAGCGUUGCUGCCGUGAUGAAGGCAGCCACCAGGUUUCUCAAAUGUCAACUUGCACAUGUCUGAUAAUCCUGGAGCGACAACAAAAGGUACCAAGGAACUGAAAAAAUGGAGAAUGUGGGCACUUUUCCUGGAGUGUCAUAGAUUGAUUAAACGCACGCCCGUAGGAUGUGGCCCCCCAGGCUGAAGAUAUGAAGGUUCCGAUCCGCUCUUCUGUACUCCGUACUCAUGAUGUGUGACUGCACGACACACACUGGAUUUGCUGCAAAUGUUGUUGGUUGAUCGUCAGGGCGGAGCUGGUCUGCCAGAUGUUGACCAAGGACCCCGGAUCGUCAUUGCGACGUCGAUCACCACGGGGAUCGCUCUCCUCGUCGUGUUGGCCCGAUUCUAUGUGCGAAUAUGGGUGGUUCAAAAUGUCGGACUCGAUGACUAUGUCAUGGGUUUGACAAUGGCCUUGUCUCUCGCGGGAUGGGCAAUCAUAAUCCCCGAGGUGAAGUAUGGCGCCGGCAGGCAUAUGGCCUACGUAAUGGACACGGUGAAGACGGCCAUGCAGCUGAAUUUCGCAACCCAAGUUAUCUACCUCUGGGCAAUUGGGACGGUGAAGAUCUCAAUAGGCUUAAUGCUGGUACGCUUUGCACCCGCAAAGGGAUAUAAGCUCUUCAUCCAUAUCGUCAUUGUUUUGAUGGCAAUUUAUACAACUAUCUGCUUCUUUACCCUCAUCUUUCAAUGUCAUAAAAUUGAAUCGAUCUGGGAUAUAAACGUCAAGUCCAAGUGCUUUGCCCCCAAGCAGCUUAUGGCUCUGAGCUAUACGAAUACCGCUCUAAAUAUCCUCACUGACCUCAUUUUUGCGUUCCUCCCGUUCCUCAUGCUUCGUGGUCUGCAGGUCAAUCUCCGCGUCAAAGUGUCCCUCAUCUGCAUCCUGAGUCUUGGUGUCUUCGCCUGUGUCGCAGCGUUUAUCAAACUCUCGAUCCUCCCCAAUUACGGAAAAACCGGUGACUUUACAUGGGAUUAUACAGAUCUGACGAUUUGGGUUGUGGUCGAAGCGAACAUGGGUAUCAUUGCCGGAAGUCUCCCGACACUGAAGCCACUGUUCAAAAGGGCUCUCAAUAUUUAUAGCACGAAGAAAACGAAGGGUUACUCUUCAGCGGCGGGCAAUUACAGACUUAGCAAGAUGUCAAAGGGAGGUAGCAAGAAUGUCACGCUUUCAAGCGGUAACUUUGAAAUCAUUCAUGCGCAAGAUCGCAGGGCCUCGCAUCUUAGCCCGGGCCAAUACAGCUCUUCCGCUUACGCCAAUAUAAACGGAACUCUGGCCGAUAAUUCGAGUGAGGAAAGGAUUCUUCCGGCUCAGCACCAGGAAGAGAUUGUCUGCACGACGGAGGUGUUGGUGUCGAGCUUCCACCACAAAGCGGGGGAUACUACUUCGAUGUAAUCGCGGCCAAUAAUAUUAUUUUUGCGGCAUAUCAUGGAAAGCGGAUUAGCAAUGCUUUUUUAGAAGUCUAUAUUGAGGACUUCUUUCAAUAACUUCCAUUAAAGGAGGCUUCUCAACUCCGCUAAUGACUCGCGGCAAAAA